AGCUCGUCAGCGCAAGUGCUAUUAUCAAGUCGUAUUGUGCAAAAAAUAGGAAAUACAAUUUUAGGCAAAACAAAAGCCAAAAUAGGAGCAUGGCCCACGACCGCGAGGUGCUGCGAAUGAUCUGGGAGGGCCAGAUAGGCAUAUGCUUCCAGGCGGACCGCGACGAGAUCGUGGGGAUUAAGCCAGAGCCCUUCUAUCUGAUGAUAUCGCGACUGAGUUACUUGCCCCUGGUCACCGAAAAGGUGCGCAAGUACUUUUCCCGCUACAUAGCCGCUGAACACCAGGACGGAGCCGUGUGGUUCGACUUCAAUGGAACGCCCCUGCGACUUCACUAUCCAAUUGGUGUGCUAUACGAUCUGCUGCAUCCGGAGGAGGACAGCACACCCUGGUGCCUCACCAUCCACUUCUCCAAGUUCCCCGAGGACACGCUCGUCAAGCUCAACUCCAAGGAGCUGCUGGAAUCGCAUUACAUGUCCUGCCUGAAGGAGGCGGAUGUCCUGAAGCACCGCGGCCUGGUGAUAUCCGCGAUGCAAAAAAAGGAUCACAAUCAACUGUGGCUGGGAUUGGUCAACGACAAGUUCGAUCAGUUUUGGGCGGUCAACCGGAGGCUAAUGGAGCCGUACAGCGAUCAAGAGUCCUUCAAAAACAUUCCCCUGCGAAUCUAUAUGGACGAUGACUUUACGUACACCCAGAAACUGAUUUCGCCGAUCAGCGAGGGCGGACAAAAGAAGAGUCUGGCCGACCUGAUGGCCGAAUUAUCGACACCUGUGCGCAAAGCGGUUGGAUGUCGCACCCACGGAAUCGAUCUUCACGAGGAGACCCAACUGCAAUGGAUGUCCGAACACCUGAGCUAUCCCGACAACUUUCUGCAUUUAUCGGUGGACUACAAGGAUGUUUAGCCGUAUACCUUAGUGUAUAUGUAUAUAUAACUAUAUAUAUGUACUCGAUGUUUUGCCCAGUCCGCCUGUGUGUGUGUGCUUGUUUGUGUGCGUCCAUGUGUGUUUGUGCGAGUGUGUGAUGUUCUAUUUUUCGAUUCCAGCAAAUCCCAGGGCGAUCCUCAGCGAUCGAUUUACAGUCAUAUAUGCACCUACAUGUAUAUAUAGAAAUAUACGUCUAGUUAAGCUAAUCUGUAUGUAAUAUUUAUGAUAUAUGCCAGCAUUUAAAAGAAGCGAGCAGCUCAAACCAAACGAUUACUGCAACCACCAUCUAACACUAGCAAUUGAUACAAACAUAUAUAACUUUACACAGUCGAACUUAUUUAGUUCAAAGCACUAUCUGACAGUUUACGCUGCAGAAAAUUUAGUUGAAAAUAAACCACGGGUUUUUUAGUUUUACGUUCAAAUUAUUAUUUUCCUUUUUAUAUGUGUUAGUCGUAUUAUUUUUAAGCACACUGAAAUAACAUCACGCCACAUUAUUGAUUAAUAAAAGCUAUUUUGUAUUGACCUAAUCAAAAAUAUAUAUACGAAAGUUAAAAA